AUGAACAAACUAAAGAAUCUACUAUACUUGACACCUCUUGUCCCUGCUGCCUAUUCGAUAAAUGGAAUGAUCAGUCACUCUAGAGACAGGAAGGCCGCCUUCUAUAACUUCUGUGCCAGUAUUGCAUUUAUAACAAUCUACAGAAGAGCAUUCAGGAAUCCAAUACCUAAAUUACAACCAACAGAUUACUUUGAUAAUCCAAUCAGGUUAAGGAGUUUCAUUCGCGGUGAUAACAUUGCCACUGUUCUUCCUGCAUGCUGGCUAGUUCAAUCAUUCUGUUUGAGUAAUAAUGCACUUCCACCAACUGACUUGGAAGUGGCCACUCAUUGA